AUGGAUUUGUCAGACAUGCUUCUUUUGAAAGUUUUCCUUUUCGUGUGUUUACUGGACGACGCCCAAGGGCACUACAGAAAUCCCCUGAAUAAGUAUAUCCGUCACUAUGAAGGCCUGUCCUACGACACAGAGCUGGUGCACAGCAACCAUCAGCGGGCCAAGAGAGCGAUCUUGCAUGAAGACAAGUUCCUACAUUUAGAUUUCCACGCCCAUGGAAGGCAUUUUAAUUUACGAAUGAAGAGAGAUACAACCAUGUUUGCCCCUGAUUUGAAGAUAGAAGUUUCAGGAGGCGAGAUUCCAUUCGAUACCUCUCAUAUCUACACUGGAGAAAUCUACGGUGAGAAAGGUACCCUGACCCAUGGCUCCAUUGUGGAGGGUAAGUUUGAGGGCUUCAUCCAGAGCUACCAGGGCGCCUACUACGUGGAGCCUGCCGAGAGAUACCUGGAGGGCAAAGACGUGCCCUUCCACUCCGUCAUCUACCAUGAAGACGACAUACACUACCCGCACAAGUACGGCUCAGAGGGAGGCUGCGCUGAUCGCUCAGUGUUUGAGAGGAUGAAGAAGUACCAAGCCUCAGCAGAGCCAUCCAAGGAGCUUCACACCGAGGCGGACUCUAAUGACCCCGUGCUGCUGAGGAAAAAGAGGAUGGCCCAGGUGGAGAAAAACACCUGCCAGCUUUUCAUUCAGACUGACCACCUCUUCUUCAAGUACUACAAGACCAGGGAGGCGGUCAUCGCUCAGAUCUCUAGUCAUGUCAAGGCCAUCGAUGCGAUCUAUCAGGGCACGGACUUCAUGGGCAUCCGCAACAUCAGCUUCAUGGUGAAAAGGAUCAGGAUAAACACCACCAGCAAUGAGAGGGACCGGUCCAACCCGUUCCGCUUUGCCAAUAUCGGCGUGGAGAAGUUCCUUGAGCUGAACUCCGAGCAGAACCACGACAACUACUGCCUAGCUUACGUUUUCACCGACAGAGACUUCGAUGAUGGGGUGUUGGGUUUGGCUUGGGUGGGAGCCCCUUCAGGGAGCUCUGGAGGCAUCUGUGAAAAAAGCAAGCAGUACUCAGACGGCAAAAAGAAGUCUCUGAACACUGGUAUAAUCACUGUACAGAACUAUGCCUCCCACGUACCUCCCAAAGUCUCCCACAUCACCUUCGCUCAUGAAGUAGGACACAACUUUGGCUCCCCGCACGACUCUGGAUCCGAGUGCACUCCGGGAGAAUCCAAGAGCCAAGACAAGAAGGAGAAGGGCAAUUAUAUCAUGUAUGCGAGAGCCACGUCGGGCGACAAGCUCAACAACAACAAGUUCUCCAUCUGUAGCGUGCGCAACAUCAGCCAGGUGCUGGAGAAGAAGAGAAGCAACUGUUUCGUCGAGUCAGGUCAGCCCAUCUGUGGUAAUGGCCUGGUGGAGCCGGGGGAGGACUGUGACUGUGGCUACAGCGAUCAGUGCAGGGACCAGUGCUGCUAUGACGCCAACCAGCCUGACAAGAGGAAAUGCAAAUUAAAACCCAACAAAGUCUGCAGUCCCAGCCAGGGUCCUUGCUGCACUCCCGAGUGCUCCUACAAGGGUCGUAACGAGAAGUGCCGAGAGGAGUCCGAGUGCGCUCACCAGGGCAUGUGUAACGGAGUCGGUGCCCAGUGCCCCACAUCCGAGCCCAAGGCCAACUUCACCGCCUGCCACGGGGAGACUCAAGUCUGCCUCAACGGGGGCUGCUCCGGCUCCAUCUGCGAGAAGUACGGCCUCGAGGCCUGCACCUGUGCCAGCCAAGAUGGGAAGGACGAGACGGAGCUUUGCCACGUGUGCUGCAUGGAGAAGAUGAAUCCCAACACAUGCAGCAGCACAGGAUCAGAGCGGCUGGGUCGCUUCUUCAACAAGAAAGUCACCACGCUGCCAGCCGGCUCGCCCUGCAAUGACUUCAAGGGCUACUGUGACGUGUUCAUGAAGUGCCGCCUGGUGGACGCGGACGGACCGCUCGCCCGGCUGAAGAAGGCCAUCUUCAACCCGGAGCUGUAUGAAAACAUAGCAGAGUGGAUCGUGGCCCAUUGGUGGGCAGUGCUGCUGAUGGGCAUUGCCCUCAUCAUGCUGAUGGCUGGCUUCAUUAAGAUCUGCAGUGUGCACACACCGAGCAGCAACCCCAAACUUCCUCCUCCCAAACCACUUCCAGGCACCUUGAAGAGACGGCGAGCGCAGCAGCAUGCCAACUCCCAGGUGCAGAGCCAGUCUCAGCACCCGCACACCGGCCAGAGGCAGCCUCAGCGGCAGGCGCAGCCCCAGAGACACCACCGUCAGCCCAGGGAGAACUAUCAGAUGGGCCAGAUAAGACGCUGAGAACCCCCCAUCGCCCCCCACCCACCUGCCCCUCCCCCAAUGCCUUGGCUCCUCCUUGUGCCUACAGUGGGAAACAAAAGCGUCACUCCAUCCAAAGAAAAGCCUGACAUGGUCGUUAGUUGUCAUCACAUCCUCCAUUUACAGACCAAACGGAUGUGUGAAAGAGAAAACACUAUUUAACAACUCUGUUGGCUCUUCGUGGAGUGGAUUCCAAUGCGAUCUAGCAGCUUUUUACACCGUUUAUUCUGUUAAGUAGUGCCAAGGAGUGAAGGAUCAUGUGUAGCUUUAGUACAUUCUGUGAUGUGUGUGUUUUUUUUUUGUUCUAUUGCAACGUCUUCUUGAGUGACACGCCUGUGGCUGCUGGUGAAUUGUUCCGUGAUUUUCCUUGCCAUUCUAGCCAAGAAUGAGAGACACUCGGUGGGGAUUCCCGCCGCUUUUGUGAUUCACACAUGUCAAACGGCAAAAGACACAGGCUGCGGUCUCUCGUGCAGCCCGUCUUCUGCAUGUGACUGUACAUAUUUAGUGUAUCAUAAGUGAAAACAAACAAACCUAACCCUAACCCUAUUUCUUCUACUGUAAAUGUGUAAUUCUUCACUUUUUUCUUUUAUUUUUCGGUUGGUGCUCUCAGGACAUAACACUAAAUUGAAGGACUGAUGA